AUGACAAGCUCCAAGCUUCAGUUCAAGAUUGGCAAAAUGAAGUCAAUUAACAAAGCCACUCUUAUUCAGCUAUCCAAAAAUUUAAGAGCACUUAACAAAACUGCUGGAGCUCAAUUUGAGCGGGAAUUAAUGCUAACGAGGGUCAAGAUUGCUAAAGUUGUUAACGAUGACAAAACGAUUGACUUGUUAGAGAUACUGGUAGUUGAUUGUGAAGUACUGCAUUCGAAACUGCAUCAGCUUCUCUGCAACUCUGAUGAUGAGGGUACUCUUAAGCUCGUGCGCGAAUUGAUGUAUGCAAGCUCAUACAUCAAUAUCAAAGAAUUCAAAAAGCUUGUGGCUUUGUUGGCUCACAAAUACGGAAAGGAUUUCUACGAGAACGCGCUAAACCAUCCCGAUAAUCCAGACAUAAUUCAUAAAUGCAAUAGCGACAACGUUGACUCCUUAACUGAAAGGUACUUGCAAGAAAUCUGUGAUUGCUAUCAAAUUGACUUGAAAAAUGAAAAACAAAAUUCCAGCAUGCCAAAUAACGAAGAAGCUGAUUCGACUUUGAAAAAUGAAGAUAAUUUAGAUGACCUGAGAAGAAGAUUUAACGCACUAAGAAAUUAG